CCAGGGAACGAAAGGGGAGAGGGAAAGACAAUAGAAGAGAGAAGAGGGAGAAAAAAAACACCACCCAAAUGACACGCAAAAGGGAGUGCUUUGCUUUAACUAUUGCCGUACCUUGGAUGGGCGAGCAGUUCGUGGGAAGGAAGGGGAAUAGCCAAAGGAAAAAUGAGGAAAAGGAAAAGGAAAAGCAACGGUCACCACCACCACAACAAGACCAGAUUAUGGAGAAUCUUGAAGCUGAUGGGCGAUGAAUUCGGCUGGGAAGAUCAGUCAAGCCAGUAUUAGUGUUAGUUGGAACUAAAAAGACCGACGGCGAGGAAUUUGACUGGGCCGUUUGGCUGUCCCGGCCGCUUGGAGUGGCGCAAAAGCAGGAGCCAGGGACCGACCACGCCGGCCCACGUUCCCAAUAUCCGAGUAGAAAUCAAAAAGAUACUGAGGAGAGAAUGGACAGGGGAACACGAAAAUAGAGGGAGAGAUACUUUAUAUCACCAGAUAGAGAUGAGCGUGGAGAAGCCGGGCGACUGUCAAAAGCUGGAUGGAAUGGGUCGGAAAUACGUCGUCAAGUCGAGCAAGGCGUGGCCGUAGAAAUUCCAUCCCAGUCAAAUCUGACCACUAAACUGAGUAGCUCCAGGCACUAAAAUCACCGCUAAGGGAUAUUUCGUCUUCGGACUCCGGACUACUCCUCCUUCUCGACAACGCGCUGAAACCGUG